CAGCUCCAUCAGCGAAUCACGAGCGUCCAAUAGCGGAAAAGUGUGGCGAGCAGAUCCGUGGUGCAGAGUUGCUGCACCUCUAACCACUCCUGUGUUUCAGCAAAGUCUUUAUAUGGACUGUUAAUUCAUUUGCUGUUACCUGUUUUAUAUAUCAAAAACGCCACCAGAAGCUGAAAUGAAGACACUAGUUGUAGGAGUUGGCGGGAUGACCAACGGAGGAAAAUCUACUCUUUCUGGGAGUUUACACCAGCAGAUACCCAACAGCUGCAUCAUCGCACAGGAUUCAUAUUUUAAGGAUGAGUCUGUGGUACCAGAGGACAACAAUGGCUUUAAGCAAUAUGACACGCUUGACGCUCUGCACAUGGACACGAUGGUGAGCGACGUUGACUUGUGGCGAAAAGAUCCCGAGUCUUUCCUGAGGCAGCGAGGCCUGAACCCAGAGCCCACAACACCAUCAGAUGACAAGCAGGUGUUUGUGCUGAUAGUCGAAGGCUUCCUCAUUUUCAACUACAGGCCUCUGAAUGAGCAAAUUGACAAAAGAUACUUCAUGGAAAUACCCUAUGAAGUCUGCAAGAGGAGACGAAGUUCGAGGGUCUACACUCCUCCCGAUCCUCCCGACUACUUUGAUGGGUAUGUGUGGCCAAUGUACCUGAAAAACCGACAGGAGAUGGAGAGCAUGGUGUCCGGUAUUGCAUAUCUGGAUGGACUAAAGCCAAAGGAAGAGCUGCUGGCUGCUGUGUGUAAAGAUGUUUAUGAGGGAAUAGAAAGGCUCAGAGAGAAAGACUGAAAUCUCCAGUUUUAUUUAUUUACCUUUUGAAGACUGCUGCUCCGAUGGAUGUCAGGAAAGUUAUUUUCUUUUGGAUUGGCUGAUUGGCUGAAAGGAACAAAUCGAGUGUGUCUGUAGUGUUGUUUGAAAAUGCUCGUGUCUGUUUAAUGUCGACAAUAGGUAGUAAUAUUGCUGAAAGGAGUUUUUAAACAACUAUGGAGGCAUCACAUUGACCCCCAGGGUCUUUGGCAUUACAGCAGUGGACAGUAUUUUAAAGUUAGGCACAGUCACAUGAUGGAAUAUCUUACAGCGAUUUCUCUCUCAGUCUGUUGUUUUUUUUAAUAAUGUAUGGAGCAUUUUGAACCAAAAGUCUCUUUUUCUAUGUACCCAAAUAUGUACGUAUACAUAUAGCUCUAACUCAUGCUGUAACUGCAGAUAACAAAAUACUUAAAGUGUGCCUAAUAAAAGAUCAGUUUUAA